CAGAAUAGAAUGUGUGGCUCACAGGAUUUCUCCACAGGACAGAACAAAGAUGAUGGAAUGUUUGCUUUUGACAUUUUUUCUCACACUUAUCCUAAAUGGAAACUUAAGUUUCCCAAAGAGACUGAGAAGGUGACCUAUGCUACCAGAAUGUUCAAUCUGAAAAAUCCUUUUUUCGCUGUCAUCUUGCAGUUCAAUAACUUCCAUCUGUUAAUUCCUGUUCCCUUUGCUAGGAGAUAUUUGAGUAGCUGCGCAGAAUUUAUCAAAUUACAGGAUUCCAAUGGUGGCCAAUGGGAUGUCCAAUGCAGUUCUACAAAUGCUUCAAGUUCAGUCCUUAGGUUCGGCAGGGGAUACAAUGUAUUUUUGACAGACAAGAAUUUGGAACAAGGAGAUGUAUGUCUCUUUGAGCUGAUAAAAAGGAAUGAUGUUUUGCUAAAAGUUUCAGUACUCCGUGCUUCUGAAUAUGAAGACAUGGUCCAUGAUAAAGAGAAGAAACUUGAUGAGAUUAAGAGCAGAAGUUAUAGAAAUGGACAUGAGGAAGAGAUACCAGAGCUAGUUGGGAGACUUAAUGAAAAGGGAAAGUCUCCCUCACACAAGUUGUCUGCGGAAGAUGAAGGAAACACAGAAUUUUGCAAUAGUGGAACUUUGUAUUAUUCUUCUAAGAUAGAAAAGACAGUGAUGUCCAAAGAAAGCAGGAGGGCGUUCAAUGCUGCCAAAAAGUUCAAGACAGAAAAUCCUGCCUUCCUUGUAUUCUUGCGACAUUAUCACAAGUCUUUUUUGGUAGUGCCUGCUGAAUUUGAUACUAAGCAUCUGGGGUAUGAAUGCCCAAUAUUCAUUACACUUGAGGCGCCUAAUGGAAAGCGGUGUCAUGUUCGCUGCAUUUAUGCUACUGAUAGGAAAAAAAUAUCUGGUGGAUGGAGUGCAUUCUCCUCAGAAAAUAAUUUGGAAGAAGGGGAUGUUUGUGUAUUUGAGCUGACUGCAAGUAAAGAUGUUGUGCUGAAGGCUUCAAUAUUUCGUGCAGCAGAAUUUGCAGACUAGUAAAUUAACAAAUGUUCCAAUUGUAGUACUGCUGUCUAAUCUUGUAGCUCAUGAGUUUUGGAUGUGCACAAGAAGUGUCAAGAAAACUGCCCUUUCUUUGGUAUUUUGUAUAGAGAGUCGGCUUCUU